UGUGUUACUUCAAAAAUCUUCACCCGCCCGCUAUUCACAACUCGUAGCAACUCGUCCAGAGAGAGAAGAGUGAAAAAGGCUCGUCAACAACAACGACAACAACAUCUUCGCGCUCCGAGCAGUUUCUCAAUGAGGGCAGUGCCGAUUUCCGUAGAUCCUGAGAUGAUCAAAUUGGCAGCGUCUGGUGGCACUUCUUCGUUUCGCAUGAUGAACGACUGCCCUGAGGCAAGUUUUAUUUUUUUUCAAGUUUGAGGGGCUUCUAAAAAUGUUCUUUUCCCUUAUUUUCAGCGACGCUAUUGCUUCAAGGUCAAAUCCACUAACAACGUCCACUACCGUGUGAGCGCCGUCUAUGGAUUCGUCGAGCCGAUGGAAGCACCACAAGUUGAAGUGACUCGCUUGGAUGGCCCUCCAAAAAGUGACGAUCGCCUAGAAGUUCUCUUCAUGCUUGUCGACGCCGAUUGCAAAGAUGCUCGUGAAGCAUUCACUACUGGAGAAGUUCCAGAAUUCUCUAUCGAUGUGCCAUUAAUUGCGGAAUAA